AUGCAUGCGGCCGCGGAAAGUGACUCUGACGCCUCAGCAGCAGGCGAUUCAUCGCCUGUUGUCGUGAAUCCACUACGUGGUGAGUCACCACGUGCGACAGGUACAUCCGUUGCGUCUGCAGCGGGUACCUCGAAUCGUAAUCCAGACGAGUCUGAGAUAGAGCUCAUCUAUUCUGGCGAGUCGGAUGAUGCAUCCGACUCGAAGGCGACUCCUCACGCGUCGGGAUCACCCGGGGUGGACGCUGCAAGAUCCAGGCUGACUGGCUCUGGUCAGCGCGGCAGCAUCAUGACCGAGAUCUUCGGAUCGAGUGAACACUCCGAUGAGUCUCCGCCUCACGCAAGUCCGUCUAACGAUAGGACGCGUGGGGAUGGUGGUGAUGCACCUAUGCAUCACCACGAGCUGAGCAACUCAAGGGAUCGGGGUAACUCUGGUGCCUGUGCUCAUGCUGGCACCAAUCAAGAGGCCAGGGACCGAAAUGUCCUGCGCCACGCUCCUCAAGUGGAGUUUUCGUGGAUGCCGCCAUCCAGAGAGUUGGACCGCACGGAAACUAUCCGUGCUGAGGAAGAAUUCUUCAUCGAUGCGUUUUUCAAACAUCGGUGGUACAAUGGUAGCCGUGUACGAGACGGCAAAGCCUUGGUGCAGGGAUGGAAUGCCCGCAUCCACAACAUCGAGUGUAUUGGCCGUGAGGCUUGGCUCGCCAAACUUGAUGCAGCCCGCAUCAGGUUUGAGAAGCGCAACCCAUUAGGGGCGCGAUACAAGUUGCACCGGUUGUCAAGAGAUGCAGGAUUACCCUGUCUCUCGUGGGGUGAUUCGUGUCCAGGUUGCCUGGACAAUUCGAACCGUGCCCCUACGGAGGCCUACCUCCCUAAUGAUCCCUACUGGAGGGUGCGCAUCUCUUCCGAGAUGGCUGAAGGGAUCGACACUUUCCAAUUCCUGUACUCGCGUUCAAGGAGGUCGUUUUCCGACGGCCCUUCUUCAAACGCAGCGGGUGGGUCUCGUCGUACUGCUCGACGUUACCAAGGACAUCAACAAUCAGCUGGGCACGAGGCUCCCAGCUGUCCCACGCCGGUGGAUAGCCACGCCAGCGGACGAGGUAACUCUUCCGGACGCCAUUCACGUCGAGGUGGUUCAAAAUACGCUCUACUGAAAGCGUCGACCACCGCUUGA